AUAAUGGUUACCAUGUGCCCAUGUAGGUACCUCAAGAUGUAACCAUUCAUUAGCCAUUCACAACUUUGGACGCAGGUGCUAAGCUUCCCUACUGGUCACAUUUGGACCAUAACGCUUGACCAUUCAACCCAUCUCCAAAUUCAAUUGGACAGCCCGGUCUUAAAUCUGUCCGGGUACCUGUACAUACAUCGCAAACGGAAUUACUUGGAUACACGUGAUAGUAUCCUACAUCGGAUCAACCGUCAUUGUGCUCGUUGGAAGGGAGAUACACGAGAGAUAGCUAGGCUUUGUUCCGAACGUUUGAUCUUCAGCUUCAACUAAUCCUAUCUUUGGUUCUUCGCUCCAAGUCUUCUUGUUGCUUUUCGUUCGCAAUGUCUUUGAAGCUCCACGAACUCACCAACGAUGAGGACUUCAAGGCGGUAAACGCCGUAGCGCACGAAGCCUACGAUAACCCCUUCAAUGGCGUCUGGCAACUCACCAAAGGUACCUCGCCGGAGGAAGCUUGUGCCCGCCAAUUGGUCUGGCAUAAGAUGCAGCCUGGUAGUCAUUGGGUUUAUGCUACCGACGAGGGUACUGGCGAAGUGAUCGGUGGCACGCGGUAUAUCAUUUACGAGACAAAUCCAUACGCCGUAGAACAGCUUCCGCGCAAGGCUUCCUGGUUGCCAGAAGGUCCCCUAAGACAAGUCGGAGAUCAUCUCCUCGCUUCCUUAGGAAAACAUCGCCCAGCCCUUAUGAAUAAGCCGCACAUACUCGUAUCGCUAUGUUUUGUGCAUUCGGCACACAGGAAGCGGGGAGCCGCAAACUUAAUGUUGGAAUGGGUGGCUCGAAAAGCGGAUGAGCUUGGCCUAGAAUCUUUUGUUGAAUCUACGGAGAUGGCUCGUCGCGCAUACGAAAAACAAGGGUACUACAUUAUCGGCGAAUUUAAUCUUGACGCGCAGGAGGAGAAUCCCAGUAAAGAAUUCACGGCGGAGAGAGAAAGGCUCGGGUGUCCGAUCCAUGGGUUCAUUAUGAAGCGAGAUCCGAGCAGCGCAAGGGAUGUAAAAUCUACCCAAUAGAUACAGUUUAUACUAUGUAAAAUAUUAGGUCAAGGUACCUAUUACCUACAUGGAUAAACUGGAUCCAUGUUAUGAGGCGCGUCAGCAACUCCCCCAACAUCUCGCACAUUGAAGGGUCUUGGGAAAAUCAAACUACGGAGAAUGACCAAUCAGAACCCGAGCCGGGUUUAGUGUAUACCCCUUUCGGAAUGCGACAUGACGCAUCAGCCAAUCAGAGUUCCGCAUCGUAAAUAAGCAGCCUAUCUACUAUGUAGAGCCAUCAAACAUUCUAAAAGCUUACCCUAGGUACCUAGGUAUCUAUCUACUUGUUAAAGGAUACCCUGGUUCGUUUGUUUGAA